CUGAUUUAAUAUAAUGUCUGAUCAUGUCUAAUUUUAUUUAAAAGCAAUAGGCUCGGCACUAAAACGCAGUGGACACCUGGUGUGUGUGUGAGAAAUAGGAAACCUGCUGAUCAUUAGGGGGAGGAGAUAUUUGGGAGAAAGAGGCUGCAGCCUAUCCUGCAGCAGGUCUCCAGUCAGUCUGAGACCAGCACCCUGAGGACAUGCUGUGUAUCCUGCUGCACCAUCGCGAUGAUGUGUGACUCCACUGAGCUCCAGCAUGGACAGAAGGGGCCCCGGGGCCACUUCAGUGUCACGUAGGAGGACGAGGACAGGACAGGGACGCAACAACACUCCAGGUGAUGGACUCCACCACUCGGACGCACAGCUGUGAAACACUACGAAGGCAAAAGGUCCGGCAGCAUCUGAUGGGCAGUGAGAGGAGCCAUGGAUCACUUUUCAUCCCGGAGGAAGCGGGUCGGUCUGCUGAAACCGCUGCUGAGUCUGUCUCUCGUCUUUGCGUCUUUUCUCAUGAUCCACAAGCUGAAACUUGCAGAGAAGGACGUGGUGGGAGCUAAACACGAGAGAGAGGAUGCCCAUGGCUGGUGCGGCUCCUCCGAGUGUUUCUCAUUGAAGAAAGGAGUCGUGAAAACUAGUUCAGACUCUCCGGUGUUUCCUAGCAACGGGACUCAUCCUCCAGCUUCUUCUUGGGACGCGCAGGUCCUCAACUGCAGCGAGGACGCGUCUGUGAGGAGCCAGGACUGGUUCCGACGUCUGGACCCGAGGUUUCACCAGUUCGUGCUCCACAGACACUGCAGGUACUUCCCCAUGCUCAUCAACCACCCGGAGAAGUGCUCGGAUGGAGAUGGAGAUGGAGAUGGAGAUGGAGUGCAUCUCCUCAUGGUGGUGAAGUCCGUCAUAGAGCAGCACGACAGACGAGAGGCUGUGCGUAAAAGCUGGGGAGAGGAGAGAACCGUGGAUGGGAAGAAGAUCAAAACUUUAUUUCUUUUGGGAAGCCCCACGACUGGGAAGGACACAAAGAACCUGCAGAAGCUGAUCGAGUACGAGGACCAGAUCUACGGGGACAUCCUCCAGUGGGACUUCAUGGACACCUUCUUCAACUUGACCCUGAAAGAGGUCAACUUCUUAAAAUGGUUUGACAUCUACUGCUCUGGUGUGCAGUUCAUCUUCAAAGGAGAUGAUGAUGUGUUUGUGAAUACUCUCAAUCUACUGCAGCUCAUUGGGUUCAAAGUGGAGGAUGGUAAAGACGCAGACUUGUUUGUUGGGGACACAAUCUCCAAGGCGAUCCCCAUCCGGAACCGGCAGAGUAAAUACUACAUCCCCAAAGAGCUGUAUGAUAAGCCGUAUCCUCCUUAUGUGGGAGGUGGAGGGUUUCUGAUGUCCUCCCAGCUGGCCAGGAGGCUCUUCGUGGUCUCGGAGGAUUUGGAGUUGUACCCCAUUGAUGAUGUGUUUUUGGGGAUGUGCAUGCAGAAGCUCCACUUGGCCCCAGAGAUGCACCCGGGCUUCAGGACCUUCGGCAUCACCAGGCGCAAAGUGAGCCCCAUGAACGGAGAGCCGUGCUUUUACAAGAACCUCAUCGUGGUGCACAAGCUGAGCGCGCAGGAGCUGCUCAGGAUGUGGAGCGUGGUGCACAACGAGGACCUGAUCUGUGCUCAGAGGGUCACCAUAUGAUUGUGUCAUAAAUGGACUUAAUUCAUUCACCAAAAACUGAACUGAAUACACAGAAGACUUUUUACACGUACUGGAUCAUGUAGUUGAGGGAGGAAAAAAAUACAUAUUUUCAUCAAAAUUGUUUUUUUUAAAGGGACUAUUUGUAACUUUCAGAAAUGCUUGUUAACAGCGACACCUGUGGCCGUUAAGUCAACGAAAGUCAG